GAAAUAUUUGCCAGAAAUGCCACAUAUAUAAGGAGCGCAUCGCAACUGAUAGUAUAGUAUUAGGAGUUUAGUCUUAAUAGCAAUUACAUUAUGCUUCGUGUAUUAAUAAUAGCGCUAUGCAUUUGUUUCGGCUAUUCAUACGCCAAUUACCAAAAUGGUCGCCGAUCCGACCCCUAUAAUUACCAAAAUGAUGGCCCGAGAGUAUCCGACAACUAUAUUGAUGUAGGUCAACACCAGAGACCAGAAGUGGUGGUAUUUGCCGGUUUUGGCGACCAUUAUCUGAACGACUCGUACAGCGACGUCAAACUAGGACUCAACGGCACUAAACUUCCGGCACAUAAACUGGUUUUGUUGACCGAAAGCCAAUACUUCGCCAAACUCUUUGGUGAAGACCCGACAAAACAAGAGUUUGAUUUGCAAGACAUGGUCUCGUCUGUGGACACGUUUAAAGUUAUGCUCAAAUAUCUGUACACAAAGCGCACGGAAUUCAACGCCGAAACGCCGCUCCAAACGGUGUUUGACGUCUAUCUGAUGGCCAAAAAGUUUGGUGUCGAGCGCCUGAUGCGGGACUCGGAGGUGGAGAUCACAAAAAUGAUAACAAUUGGCAACUAUUUGGCGAUCUAUAAGUUCGCAGAUGAGCACCAACUGCACGAUCUGAAGAGGUAUUGGAUGAGCUUUGUGUUUGAAAAGUCGCAGCAAAUCAUUGAACAAACCAACAGUACGUAUAUGAAUGAGAGUCUGGAUGUGUCCAAACACGUGUUGAUGGCAAUCAAAGUGAUGCCAAGUUUUGUGAUCGCGAAGAUCAAACAGCUCCGGGAGACGCAUCCAAACGUAUCGUUUGAUGAUUUCAAAAACGUAAUGUUUAUCCAGAGGUGUACUGUCGAUGAUAUCAAUACACUCUUUGAGAUGAAUUUGUUUGACAAUAAAUAUCUGUUUGAUAUCCUCUAUAAGCGGUACAAACACCUUGAGAGUAACCCUCUGUGCCCGCCCUGUAUCCGAGCCCCCCAUUAUCUACCCCAAACCCCUCUCCGUCUAAAUCAGGGCAAUUCCUAUAUGAUAUCCAAUGGUAAAGUUAAUGCACCCAUCAAUGCCAAUAACUCUAAUUAA